AAACUGUUGCUGUUGCUGUCGCUGUUGUCGUUGAAGGCUUCCGUUCUCGUUCAAGCUGCCAUGUUGACGUUCAUUAUACACUUUUUCGUGACCUAAUGAUAUAUCUAAGGAUUGACAACCUGGUUGUGGACUUGAGAUAGAAAAUGGUGCUUUUCGAGGACCAUUUUUGGGGGGAGAAAAAUGCCGGAUUCGACGUGCUCUAUCAUAACAUGAAAUAUGGUAACAACGCGAGCUGCAAGCUUGUCGAAUUUGUACGCGAAAGAUCUGCUGUGGAAGAAGUGUACGCGAAAUCACUCCUCAAACUAGGGAAAUCUGCAACUUCUGUGGCACAGCUUGGCACAUUUGAGCCACUUUGGGGUGUGUUGAGGGUUGCAACUGAGAAGCUUGCAAGUGCCCAUAUGCAAGUUGUGGGGAGAUUUCAAGAUCUUAUCAAGGAACUGAAAGAAUAUGGCGAUAAACAGAAGGAAAGACACAAACAGGCUAAGGAAGAGUUUGGCAGCACAGCUGAUAUAGUACAGACCAUACAAACAAUGACAGCUUACCUCGUCAAGUCAAAGGAGACUUACUAUGCAAGAUGUCAAGAACUCGAUAAAUCCAAGAAGGAUGGAUCUAGUCCCAAGGAGAUUGAAAAGGCUGAAUCUAAAAUGAAGAAAGCAGCUGAAGAAUAUAAACUGCUGGUUGAAAAGAGGGAAAUUAUUAGAAAUGACUUUCAUGACAAAAUGGUGGAUGCAUCCAAGAAAUUCCAGAAGAUCGAUGAAGAACAUUUGAAAGUAAUAGUUAGAUACCUUGAACAAUACAUUGAAUCUCAGAGGACGGGCCAAGUUGCUAUUGAGCAGGUUUACAAGGAGUUCCUAGGACAAGUCAAAGCACUGACAGUGCAUCAUCUGUUGGAUCAGUUUGUAAGGAGCAAGGGGACAGGGAAAGCCAUCCCAGAUGUCGUUACAUUCGAAGAGUAUACAGGUCAAGCAGAAGGUGCUUUAACAAACAACCAUUCACCCAGCUUGAAUUCUGUAAAACAUCCAUCAGGGUUUCCCAUUACUUUGAAAAGAAUAGAAAAGAAGAAAAAGAAGAAGAAAGCUAAGAAGGACAAAGCUCAAAAUGGACCAGUUGACUCGCCAUCUAGUGAAGGAGGGGAUGCAUCAUCAUCAUUUGAAGUAGAUGAGGAAGGAUACAGAAUUAGACCGCCUGAUUCAGAAAGCACCAAAUCAGGAGGAAACAGUUCCUCAUCUGAUUCAGAUUCAGAUGAUGAUGAGCCUCGAAAACUGCAAGUUGUCAUAAACCCAGUGGAAGCAGACAAAGUACCACAAACAGCUUCAGUUGAUGAAAUAAAGAAAAUUACUGGAACUCUUAGUCUCUCUUCACCGUCCACAAUGAGAAAACAUCUAAGUUCUUCCUCUGGUGAAGCUAUGAGGAACAGGUCAAAGUCUGCAAGCCAUACAUCAACUAUCAAACUAUCACGUUCAAGUGAUGAUUUGUUAGACAUAGAUUUCAGUCAAACCAGCUUUGCUUCUAGUGCUGAUUCCCUGACAUCUGGAUCACAACGAAAUUCCCUUCAGCUGUCACAGAAUGGUGCAUCAAACAUAGCUGAUGCAGAGCUUACAGCACAAAGCUCUGGGGAUUUGAGAUCAUCAGCUCCUGCUUUACCUUCCUCUUCAAGUUUAGAAUCCACCAGUGAAAACACAGAAGCAGAAUAUUGUGAUAUUCCACCCUUGCUUCCUGCCAAAAAGGGAAGUACACUGCGUGAAGAACCUUCAGAAUCUCCCCCUCCUUUACCUGCCAAGAAAGGAGCAAUGGCCUCUACUUCAUUUGUAAAUGAUUUCCCUUCAGCUGGUGUUCCAGAGACAACAUCAAAUGAUACUGGAAUCGUGUUCUCAACCACAGCAGUGGCAAGUGACAGCAGUAACUCUCUACUGUUCCUCAAACCACCUCCAGGAUCAGAGAUUCCACGUUCAGCUUCUGUCAGUAGCGCUUUACCAAGACCAAGACCACAGCCACGCACUUCUGGAUCAUCAUUACUUGUUCCUGGUCAGACAACCAAGACAGCUUCAACAUCGUCAUCAUCAGCAACGUCAUAUUCAGCUGAACUGUUAAGUUGCUUAGCUGACUUUACACCGACAACUGUCAACACAGAAACAUCAGAUUCAUCAAACAAUUCACCAUCAAAUGAAAAUAGUACUGUGACUAGACCAGCUGUUGUAAGUUACAUGGGCUCAACAGCAGUGACUACUCCUCCACAGACACUUGCUAGGGCAACAACAACAUCAGCUCUUGGAGGCUCGCAAGAGAAUGUCGCAGCUUUGGUGAGAUCAAAAACUAUAGGAGGACUUCCCACCAUGUCAAGUGUGGUGUUUGCUAAAGGGGCAGCUGGAACUGUCUUGGGCAGAAAGGAUGACAGUCUUCCAAUUGCUGUGGCCUUUAUUGAGUCUGUCAAUGCAUUUUUUAGGGGGAGUGAUCAGAGCAAGUGUAUGGUUAAGGUUACAGGUGAUAUAACAGUGUCAUUCCCAGCCAGUGUUCUGCCGCUCAUUUAUGAUGUAGAAAACGCUCCCAUGCUUAGUUUCUUAGUACGUGGAACAUCAUGUCUGGAGCAAAUAUUACCAAACAAGUCACUUAUUAACAGUAAAGGACAGCUGAGUGGUGGUGAUGGAGUAAGUUAUGAUUUCAAUAUGGCUUCAUUGGCCGACCAUCUUAAGAAACAAUCUGAACAAGGAGCGAGCACUUACUACAAUAUUGAUAUCAUCAAAUAUGAGGUUAAGACAAAUGGCUUCUCCACAACUCCUCUUCAGCUGUGUAGUUACUGGAAAUGUGAUGAGGAAGCAACAGAUCUCAGAGUUGACUAUCGUUAUAAUCCCAGUUGCAUGUCGGCUCCAUGUUCAAUUAGCAAUUUAUCUGUGCUGGUGCCAAUGAAUGGCGGAGUCACUAUAAUGCAAUCUAAACCGUCUGCUACUUGGUCUGCUGAACAUCAGAGAGCAUUAUGGAAACUCCAGGAAGUCUCAAGUACAUCUGAACCUCAAGGUACCUUGAGAGCAAGGUUUGAUUUAACACAAGGUCCAAGCACUCCAUCACGUAUUGCUGUUCAAUUCACAUGCAAUGGGGCUACCAUUUCUAAACUGAACUUUGAGCUUAAAAGUCAAGAAUACAAACUAUCUCUUGUUAAAAAGAGGGUUACUACUGGUAAAUACAUUGCAGAGAGCUAGUGCAAGCUAGUAUUAAAAAAAAACACUAAUAUUUUAAUGAUUUAAAGAAACAACAAAUUUAGCACAAGUACCAUGGAAAAUGUAAAUGAAUGAAAGGAAAAGAGGUAGAGAGAAGAGCUAUAAAAGAGGAAUUAUUAGUGAUGAUAUGGAAUCAAAGAAAGGUGAUUGAUUACAGAACUUUCGAGACAUCUUACGGUUUAUAUCUGACUUCCACACUUACUAUAUACAUUUUAAAAAUAUCUUUUGUACUUAGUUUUCAGGGUACAAAAAGUAAUUUGUUUAUUCAAGGUGUGGUCAGAAUAUUACAUUGAAAAUCAUACUGUUAUUCAACAUGGUUUUCAAUUUGUAAUUCUGCCCAAUGCAUUCGCAACUCAUUCAGUUUAAAAGUCCCUGUCCACUCAUGUCAUGUGUCACGUAGUAAGUAAGUCUUUUCUGGAAAAUAAGAAAAUCAGAUUAAUCAACAAACUUUGUGUUGCAUCCAACAAGUUCAGAACUCAACAGAAGCUGGCUUGUGUAUCUAACAAAAAGCAACCAACAACUCUUACACUCAAUGAUCUAAACUUUGGUAGAUAAAAUUCUUAUGAUAAAUCAAAAUGUAAUUAUUAUUAUUAUUAUUAUUAUUAUUUUAUAAAGAACAGACUACAUAUUUCUGUGGGUUUACCUGGGAAUUAAACUUGGGAAGGCUCUGAUAAAUGAUGUAAGCCAAAGCUGUCAGAUUUACAUUCUGUGAAAGGGAACUUGUUAAUUUAUGAUUUUAAUCAGGUCCUAACAAGGUAUUGUGACUCUGUUGUUUUCAACAAAGUAUUUUUACACAUACCCAAUCAUUCUUCAAAAUCAUAAAGUGAUCCAAUUGAUCUGUUUGUUCCUGUAGAGGAUAUGUUGUUUGGAAAAAGCCACAACUUUGCAACCUUUAAAACUAAAACAUGCAAGCUUCUUAAUAUCUUAUUUUAUAGUGUCAGUUUCUAAGAUAAUGUAAAACUCUUGAUGAUUAACUUGGUCAAACAAAAACACCAGAUUAAUGUUUGCCCUGAGUAGCCCUAUGUACAACCAGAAGCAUAUAACUUGAAAUUAAUGUUAUAUUAUGUGGCUUCUAGUGAAUUCAGCAAAUGAUGUGAGUUGUCUGCACAGGGACUACCAAGUACAAAUUACAGUAGAGGCUGGCGUUCAAUGCAACAUGAAAUGGUAGCAGUUGCUUGAAAAUGUAAAAUGAACUAAUUUUACCUCUUGCAACAAGUGCAGGGCCUUGAUUCCCUUGAUGGUGAAUAACUUGCAAGUUGUCAUUUCUUUGAUGAAAGGGUGAGGGAUGUACGAGAGCUAUACAAAACGAACAAUAUUUUUGGUUCCAUCUUGUUCCUUGAGCUGUCACAGGCUGUGUGCACUCUUGGAAAGGAAACAAAUGCUAUGCAGACCAGAUGGUAUGCUUAAAUAUGGAGUUUACGCUGUCACAUGUCACACAAUAUCACUGCACUUCAAUUCUCUGAAAAACAGCAACUAGUAGUGCUUUUAUUGGUUCUUUUACAGCAAGCAGCUAACAUGUAGAUAAAGUGAAUUUUAUUUUGUAAUAGAUAUAAAAUUAUAUAAAUCACCAGCUAUCACCAGCAAAUCAAAAAAAUAUUUAAAUGUUUUUGUUUCAUUGUGUUUUUGUUCAUUUUCUAGCUAUAAAUAAUUUACUGGAUUUAAUUUGGCUGAAUGUAAUUGGUUGUAACCAAGGGUUGUUGGGUUCUGCCUUUUGUCCUUUGCGCAAGCUGGUCUACGCAAUCAAAUUGUGUUCAUUGAUAACAAGUGUAAACCUAGCCUGGGAAAACAGACGUACCUCAAUCCCUUACAAGAAAAAGGUCUGAGAUUUGAGAUAAAAGAAUCUCCAUUUGGCGACAUAAAACUUCAUGUACAGAGUUU